AUGUCCGUGAACGAGCUCGUUUCCCGAUUUGAGUUUGGCCGUGUGUUGAGCUCGGACUCGCAACUGAAGACUGUUGCGCUUUUGGGUUCGAUCGACGGCAAAGAUGCCAUUUUGCAGCUUGAAAAGUCCCAUUUCGACGUCAGCCAGCUCCCGCAGCUGCCUGUGGACCAGAUCCGCGAGAUCGCCUCCAACGACGUGUAUUUCUGGGCCAUGACCACGCUCAAACAGUCGCUUGACAACCCUGCAGCUAAAUUAAAUAUCAUUUAUCCGGCCACAGAAACUCAUAUCAGAAAGUUCGAAAAACCGGUCAUCCACAUCGUCUCAGAAACACCGCUCCUGUACCAGCAGGUGGUUGCUCCUUACAUUGCCACCAUGCGCGGAGACAGAAUCAAAUGGGUGCGCAACAUCCUGUACGAAGGAGCAGAGGCAGACAGAGUGGUUUACAAAAACGACGAUUUCGUCCUCAUCCCGGACAUGAAAUGGGACGGAACCACAAUGGAGUCGUUGUAUCUGUGUGGAAUUGUGUUCCGCGACGAUAUCGCCUCGAUCAGAGACCUGAACGAGUCGCAUAUCGAAUACCUCACCAAAAUAUUGACCACCUUGAAAACGGUUGUGCCGCAGAAAUACAACAUCCGCGCAGACGAAUUGCGUGUGUUUGUGCACUACCAACCAUCCUACUACCAUUUCCACAUCCAUGUGGUGAACGCAUCGUACAAUGGUCUUGGCCAGUCCAUUUUGGCAGGAAAGGCCAUUCUGCUCGAGGAAGUCAUCGAUAACCUCCGGUUUUUGGGCCCCAAGGGAUACCAGCAGCGCACUCUCACGUACGCCAUCAAUGAGUCCCACAAACUCUGGGAGUUGGGUCUAAACAAGACCGCUCUGUAG